UUGGAAUAAAGUCUAAAUUUCAAGAAAAAAUACAAGGUUACUAAAUUCUCACUUGUUUUUAUGAAUUGAAUAUGGCACGAGCGUCACGAGAACUUAUUUUCGCAUCUAUUCUUUAUAUUCAAUUCACGAAUUUCCGGUCCUGUAUUUACACAAAGAAGAAUCGGUGAAUUUCUUCAAAGACUGACGCACAUGGCACCAGUUAUCACAUAAUCCAAGCAUACUAUCCAUCGUCAAACGUGACAAAAAAUUGAAAUAUGCUGAAAACGGGCUUACAUUCCUUGGGAUUAUCGGAUUUUUUCUCAUCCAGAAGACGAUAUAGCUGUUUUGGAGCUGAAUCAGGACCUAUAUCUAGACGACAAUCCGUUCAUGCAUCUGACCAAACAAGACUUGCCUUUACCAGAAGACAAGAGCGUCGAUUAUGGGGGAAAGACAGCUGUGGUCUCCGGCUUCGGAUACACUUGGAUAAAGCUGAUUUUUGGCCUGAGAGAAAAAGCUGGAUCUGAUUACAAAUUGAAGUACGCAAGUGUCAACAUCAUCGAUAACGGUACUUGUGCCAAGACCAAUUACCCGGAUAAGCUCGAUGGGAGUAAACAGAUUUGUGGUCAAUUUAUACAACGCAGUUUGGAAACCCCUGAAGGAAUCUGUGGAGGUGACAGCGGUAGUCCACUAGUCAACGAAAAUACCGUCGUUGGAGUCGUGAACACUGGUCCCGUAGCUUGUGCUGCCAACGUUUUUAUUGGUGUAUUUUUUAUUUUUAUAUACGUAUUACGAAAAUAGGAACGAAACACAAAGAUGUAGAAUGUAGUAUUUUUUUGAAAAUGUUAAAAUUUAUUCUGUUAAAAUAGGUAAAAAAGAGUUGAAGGGUUCGAAAUGUUAUAAAAUUACAAAUUCAAAAGAGUAACACAUCAUACAUCUUUGGAAAUUUAUUCUAUAAGAUUUGCUUGUCAAAAUCACGUUAACUGAAACCAAGAAAAAAUUAAUAAAAAACAUUCUUCUUUAUUUUUGAAUCGCCGUAAAAUCGCUUGUAUCCAGUACAUAAACCGUAUGUGACUGUUCAUUUUUCGCGCCUCGCGAAUCAUUUUCUAAAACCACGUAAUAGCGAUAUUGGCGUGAAUUCAAAAUAAAACGAUUUUCAUCUUAAAAAAAAAAGAAAAAAAAUUGCUACUAUUAGUGGUAACCAUUACUUAUGCAAAUCGCAAAGCUAUCUAAAAAAGUGGCUGAUAAUAAUAAUGACGAGAGAAAAAUGAGUGUAUACCCUUUCUCUCUCAAGGCAUGAAGAAAGUAAAGUUAAUGGUCUAUAAUAAAAAAUUGAUUUUACACUAAAAUAUGCCAGAAUUGCGGUGAGCAGUCGGCUUUACAUGCAGUAGCAGCGAAGGAACGUUUUUCUUCGUCUAAAAAGCUUUUAAUAUUUCUUUGUUCGCUGGUGAGUGCGAGAGCGAAAAAGGGAAAGAAGUCAUGGAUAUCUUCGACAGGCGCUAUUUCGUAUUGAACAAGGCGCUAUUGAGAAGUACCGGACUCUGGCCUUACGAGGACCGACGAAAGAAGCUGUAUAUCCGCACUUUCGUCAAUCUCAUUCUCGGAAUUUGCGUCAUAUUUCCACAAAUAGUCCGAAUAUACAACUACUUUGGGGUCAACAUGAACAUGGUCCUCGAACAUGCAGCGGUCCUCAUGUACAUCACCUCAAUUUACUUAAAAUUUCUGACGUCUGUUUACUACGAAGAAAAGCUGAGGGUAGUGUACGACAACAUAGCGAAGAACUGGCAAGUGAUAAAGGACGAGAACGAAAUUAACAUACUUAUACAGUACUCCGAAAACGGACGGUUGCUAACCAUCGGCUACACAAUGUACAUAAUCGCAGCUUUCUGCUCUUACGUCUUUCUACCGAUAGUCCCAGUGCUUCUGGACGUCUUCAAUCCUCUGAACCAGACCAGAUCUCGUUUCUACAUUCUGGGCGGUGAGUACUUUAUCAUCAAUAACGUCGAGGACUACGGCAAGGUCUACGCGUUCGACUGUCUGGCCGUCAUCGUCACAGUUUGGCUGAUCAGCGCCGUUGACUCGAUGUAUGCGGCGUCUAUCGAACAUUGCCUCGGAUUGUUCGCCAUCGUCAAGCUUCGCUUGCAAACUUGCACCAGGUCGAUAUGUGAUGGUCAGAAGGAUGAAUGCUACAAGAUGAUCGUUCGACUUAUUCGAAUGCAUAAGGAUAUUAUAAACUUUACAGAUAUCCUGGAAUCUUCAUAUUCAUCGUCCUUUUUGAUUUUGGUUGGAAUAAACGUGAUAUUCCUUAGCUUCGAGUGCAUCAUCGUGCUGACGAGAUUUGGUCAGGCAAUGGAGAUGAUGCGGUACUCGAUGAUCAUGGUUGGCAUAGUGGUGCAUUUAUUCUACAUAAGCUGGCCAGGCCAGAAACUCAUAGACUUCAGUCUUGGGCUCUUUCAGGAUGCUUAUCUAAACGAGUGGUACACAUGUCCGACAAGAGCUCAAAAAUUGCUGGGCUUAAUGACAUUGCGAUGCUCGAAGCCCUGCCAACUGACCGCCGGAGGGAUGUACGUAAUGAAUUUCAGCAAUUUUGCUAAGAUCGUGAAGACUUCGAUGUCGUACAUGACAGUCCUCGCAUCUUUUAGAUAGGACUGGCUAUCGGCAACAGUUUUUGAAACUAAUAAAUAAAGAAAUUGAUAUAUGAUUCGAGUAAGCAGAAAAUCAUGGAUAUACAACUCUAUGGAUCAAUAAAAAAAUAAUAUAUUUUGCAACCCUAUAAUAUAUUAAAUUAAAGUCCGUUGUUGAUAAUAGACAUCGCACAAAGAUUCUUGAAAAAUCAUUAGGAAUAUAAUGUACAUCUAUAAUAACAUACGCUUCUUAUAAAUGAUAUAUUUGUAAAAGAAAACA